AUGGCGGAGACACCUUCAGUUGUUUUUGGCACUCCCGCUUCGCCCGUCAAAAAAGGGCCACAGAAACGAUCACCCUAUUUCCAAGAGCCUCGAGAUCCCAUGCUGGAAGCGCGUCUUGGUUUGCGACAAGCUUUACGGGAGCUGCGAAAGCAUUUUGCCGCCACCAAGAAAGUCCCUGUUUACUUCAUUUUCAAUAACAAGACAUUGGAUGAUCUCGUUAUCAGGCUCCCCAUGACAGAUAUGGAGCUUAAAGCAAUUCAUGGCAUUGGACCCCAAAAGGCGAAGGAGUAUGGGCCAAGUAUCCUCGAGGCCAUCCGCAAAGACAGACAAGAGAUAUUUGCGUUUUAG